AGGGUGAUACGUAACCAUGCUGCGGCGCACCGAAUGCAACAGGAACUUGCACUCCUCAGCCUCAGGAUAUCUGUUCACUUGUCAUAAUCUUAUUAAUCAACCAGGACGCGGCUACACUGGUAACCUGAAUUGAAGCACACAUGGCUUGAUGACAUCAUGUCCAGAUAUCACUCCCCUCCUUUCCAGAUACUCUUCUACCUUCCUAUUUUCCUCUUCACCCUCUUCCCUCUCUCCCUUCUUUCUCCUCUUCUUUCUCAGUCUCCUCUCAGCUGGACCUCUCCUCAUGACCCCUGCUAUCACCUGGAUGGGCGUCCACGCCACUGCCUAUCUGAAUUCAUCAAUACGGCCUAUGGGGUGCCUGUGAGAGUGGAGGACUCCCAGCAAGGACCCAAGACGAACAUCAGCACUUUAACAGAUCUUCAUAACCCUCACAAUCUCACGUGCUGGACGGCUGCCGAAGGCUUGGGGGGUGGGGACUUGACUUUAACAGUUCCCCUUGGCAGACGCUUUGAAAUCACUUACAUUAGUCUUCAGUUUUGUCAACAGGUGGAGUCGGUGGAAUCCUACUCCAUGUCCAUCUUGAAGUCAAUGGACUUUGGCAGGAGCUGGCGCCCCCUACAGUUUUAUUCAAACGACUGCAUGGGCACAUUCAGCCGUCCUGUGCAGUCCAUCGCUCAGACAAAGCACCAGGAGACCGAGCCGCUAUGUUCAGAUCCCAGACCAUUGCAGAAGCAUCGUGGAAAUGUCGUGCUGGCCUUCUCGACUUUGGAUGGACGUCCUUCCUCGCCAGAUUUCGAUUACAGUCCAGGGCUCCAAGAUUGGGUGACUGCAACAGACAUAAGGAUAGUAUUUCAUCAGUCACUGGAUAAAAUUAAAAAGCAAGAAGAGAAACUUAACAAAUUGAGAGGCACAUUUGGAAGGAGGGAAAGAGGAGACAAAGCUCUGAGGUUUGGUGAGAAAAACACUGGAGUUAAGACAUCUGAAAUUUGGAAAAACAGGCAAGAAAUACAGACUUCCACACAGAGAAUUAGAAACAAAAGCACUGUGCACCAAAGUGGCCACAACGUUACUCGAAAGGAGAUGGGACCUCAAGGUAGAGUGGGAAGGGGACGUAAGAAGGACAGUAACAAGCCAUGCCAGGACGGCACAUGUGAUUGGUCCCUAAAUAUCCCUCAGCAGGGUUCCAGAGGGCGAGAGUUGAGGAGAAGAAGAAACAACGCAGGGAGGGAAGAGUCCCAUUCUAAAUCGAGGAAAAAAAAUGCCUCACGCAUCCUCGUUUCAUCAUCUCUUUAUGCCCCAUUGAAACCCUCUCUCACGCUUUCCGACCUGCAGGUCGGGGGCAGAUGCAAGUGCAAUGGCCACGCCUCUCGCUGUCGACGAGACAACCAGGGGCGUGCCGUGUGUCAGUGUGAGCAUCACACAUCUGGGCCGGACUGUGAUGUGUGUGAGCAGUUUUUUUACGAUCGCCCGUGGCAACGGGCCACACCCAGUCAACCACACCCGUGCGUCCCAUGUGAAUGUAACGGUCACUCAACUAAGUGUAGGUUCAGUAUGGCCGUGUAUCAGCAGUCUGGUCGAGUCAGUGGAGGCAUUUGUUUGAAGUGUCGGCAUCACACAAUGGGACGCCACUGUCAGUUCUGCCAGAACGGAUAUACCCGAGACCACAGCAAACCCCUCAGCCACCGCAAGGCCUGCCAGCCAUGCAAGUGCCACCCCAUGGGUGCAGUGGGCCGUUGGUGUAACCAGUCCACAGGACAGUGUUUGUGUAGAGAAGGAGUCACAGGACAGAUGUGUAACCGCUGUGCCCCGGGAUACAAGCAAGGACAUUCCCCUCUCCAGCCAUGUAUUCGUAUUCAGGAGUUUGCACCACCCACCCCAGUUUACCAGCCUCAGUAUAGCAUUGGUGAGAAAUGUCUUUCUUACUGUCCACCUUCCCAAGCAAGAGUCAAAAUGAAUUUAGAGACAUACUGUCUCAAGGACUAUGUGCUGAAGGUGCAGGUCAAAAGUAAGGAACGUUCUGGUCCCUGGUGGCAGUUUUCCAUAUUGGUGCAGUCAGUUUUUCGCAUGGGAUCUACACCUGUAAAGCGAGGCAUUCAGGCCCUCUGGAUUCCAGAUCGGGACCUGAGCUGCGGUUGUCCUGCGCUUCAGAUAGGCCGCACCUUCCUCCUGAUUGGAGGGGAGGAAAGCAGCCAGAGUUGGGUCCCCGAGGAGAGGCGGUUAGUUGCCGACCGCACCACAAUGGCUUUGCAGUGGAGGGAACACUGGAGUCCCAAAUUAAGAGGCUUCCGCGGGCAAGACACUCGGGGAAAGUGCCCACAGGGAAACACCACUGCACAGAAACACUCUCACCCAAGCUCAUACGUAGAAUACAUACCCCCACAUCUUAACAAACUGCAGUCUGAGCCACACAGACCAAAUAAACGUACACAUACGGUGCAUAAACAGCAUCAUUUAACCACACAAUCUGGAGGAUCAGACUUCACACACACACACAAAAGAAGAGGAACUCAGGGCACACAAAGAAAAGACACAGAAACUCACCUUGAGGACAGUGAGGCUGAAAACGUCACUCAGGAACCACAACAUGUGUUGCAGCACACCCAGGAUCCUUUCUCAGGUACUUCAAAGACGAGUCAGGCCAAUGAGCAUGAACAGCACCACCCCAGAGCAUGUCCAACAUGGUCACCUGGGCCAGCUGUCUAACAAAAUUAGAUAUUGUGAGCAGGAAUAGGAAAGAAAGUUAAAGGAAUAGUAAAAAAAAAAAAAAAAAAAAAAAAAAAAAAAAAAAAAAGCCAAUUAGCUAAAAAAAAAUAAAAAAUACUUGCUCUCAGGACAUCCAAAAUGAAGAUGAGUUUGUUUCUUCAUUGAAACACAUUUGGAGAAAUUUAGCAUUAAAUCACUUGUUCACCAAUGGAUCAUCUGCAGUGAAUGGAAUGGGUGCCGUCAGAAUAGGAGUCUAAACAUCUGAUAAAAACAUCUCAAUAAUCCACAAGAAAUCCAGAAAACUCCAAUCCAACAAUUAACAUCUUGUGAAGUGAAAAGCUGUGUAUUUGUAACUUUUCUGAUGAAGAAACAAACUCAUCUACAUCUUGGAUGACCUGAGGGUGAAUAAAUGAACAAAUAUUAAUUUUUGUGAACUAUUCCUUUAAGAAAUGCCUGAGGUGGGCUUGAGCUUCACAGAGACACUUAUAACAAUUGAAUACUUUUCUGGGAGUAUUUUUGUAUGGUGUGCUAUAUAUAUUCCUCCCCAGAUUACAGAGCCAUUUGUAUUAUUAUUAUAUAUUUGUUUUUCAGAUUAAACAUGCAGGUAUUUUUCAUGUCACAUUCUCUGAGAAAGAAAUUUUGCACUUUCCCUCUAGAAAGAGAUGAGUCUAAUCCAAACAUUAAAAGACUUAAAAUCGCAUGUUUUCUCAAGAUAUAAUUUAAAUUUAAUCCUGCUCAGUCCGCAGUAUUUAGUCUGACAGUUAGACAUGUGAGACUCUUAUUGCUGGAUUGUAAGAGGCACAUUGUUUUCAGAUCAGCAGCUGACAAUUUUAUCCAAUCUGGUCUCUAUCAUUGACAGACAUGUUAAGUGUGGCUAAAGAUUGUGCACACAGUAAGUAAUUACAUUUUCUAUUGUUUUUGUAAAUUUCUGUGGCUAUAACACACACACACACACACACACACACAUAUAUA